AUCAGUCGUACACUAACGCCCUCGGCAACCAUAAAGCAACAGCAUCAUUCAUUCCCCCUCUCAGAUUCCCACCAACAUCCCAACGCCUUUCAAAUCUUAGCAACAAAAAUCUACGGAGUAGUAUAUAACCAGUUAACCACAACACAGAGCAUUCUGAAUUUCUGAUUUCCUCGCUCUCCCUCUCAAUGGCCACGAGAAAGGCAGCCGCAUUGUGUUUGGGUUACGUCCUGGUUGUCGUCGCCGCGACGGCGGCCGUCGGCGACCCGGGGAAGAUCGGCAUCUGCCACGGCCGCGUCGGGAGCAACCUCCCUUCGCCGGAGGCCGCGGCGGCGCUGCUGAAGCAGAACGGGAUCACCAAGGCGCGGCUCUUCCUCCCGGACCCUGCCGUGCUCCAGGCCUUCGCGGCCGCCGGCAUCGACCUCACCGUGGGCGUCCCCAACGAGAACCUCACCUUCCUCUCCGCCGCGGGGCCCGAGGGCGCGCUACGGUGGCUCCGCUCAGCCGGCCUCGCCCCCGGCAGCGGCCCCGUGGCGGGCCGCCUCCGCUACCUGGCCGUGGGCAACGAGGUGCUCUACAACAACCAGUUCUACGCGCCGCACCUCGUGCCGGCCAUGCGCAACCUCCACGCCGCGCUGGCCGCGCUCGGCCUCGACGGCCAGGUCAAGGUCUCCUCGGCGCACGCCUCCUCGGUGCUCGCCAGUUCGUACCCGCCCUCCGCGGGGGCCUUCGACGCCGCGUCGCUCGAGGUGCUCCGCCCCAUGCUGCGCUUCCUCGCCGACACCGGCGCGCCAUUCAUGGUCAACACCUACCCGUUCAUCAGCCACGCCAACGACCCGGCCAACGUGCCGCUCGCCUACGCGCUCUCGUCCGGCGAGUCCUCGGCGGCGCCGGUGCGCGACGGCGGGCUGGUGUACGCGAGCCUGUUCGACGCGACGGUGGACGCGGUGGUGGCGGCGCUGGAGCGGGAAGGGUUCGGGGGAGUGCCGGUGGCCGUGACCGAGACCGGGUGGCCCACCGCGGGCCACCCGGCGGCGACCCCGCAGAACGCGGCGGCGUACAACGGUAGGAUGGUCGACAGGAAGGCGCGCGGCGUCGGCACGCCGCGCCGGCCCGGCGUGCCCGUGGAGGUGUUCCUGUUCGACCUGUACGACGAUGACGGCAAGCCCGGCGCCGAGUUCGAGAGGCACUUCGGCGUCUUCAGGGCAGACGGCAGCAAGGCCUAUGACAUCAGCUUCGCGUAGAAAUCUGUAUCGAACUGAUCCGCGCGUUUAGCUGUUGAUAUGUGAAUCAACUGGCUGCUGUUUCCUGCGUUUUUUUUCUCUUUUCUUUUCUAGGCUAAUCUGCUGGCCUGUGCGGAUGUAUGUAUUCAUCUUCUGAUCGAGUUGAUUUGUGUAAUGCAAUUAUAGUACGAAUCGUGAUUUCUCACGAUGGUGAAUUCUGGAAAUGUUGCAACUGAA